GUGACCGCCCUUUUGGCACGCCUCCCGCCUCUUCCCAGCCUGCCAACCUCCCUUAAGAGGAUGAAGGGGCCUGAGGGCUGCGGCUGACCUGCGAAUGCCGAGUGACAAGUCGGAACCAGGACAGUUAGCAUAAUGGCAGAAACUGCUUCUCCGCUGAAGCACUUCGUGCUGGCGAAGAAGGCAAUUACUGAAAUCUUUGAUCAGUUACUGGAGUUUGUUACUGAAGGAUCACAUUUUGUUGAAGCAACAUACAAGAAUCCAGAACUUAAUCAGAUAGCUACUGAGGAUGAUCUGGUAGAAAUCCAUGGAUAUAAAAACAAGCUUUCCAUCAUCGGUGAGGUGCUGUCUCGGAGACUCAUGAAAGUGGCCUUUUUUGGCAGGACAAGCAGUGGGAAGAGCUCUGUUAUCAAUGCGAUGUUGUGGGAUAAAGUCCUCCCUAGUGGGAUUGGCCAUACAACCAAUUGCUUACUGAGUGUUGAAGGAACUGAUGGAGAUAAAGCUUACCUUAUGACAGAAGGAUCGGAUGAAAAAAAGAGUGUGAAGACAGUUAAUCAGCUGGCCCACGCCCUUCAUAUGGACAAAGACUUGAAAGCUGGCUCUCUCGUGCAUGUGUUUUGGCCAAAGGCAAAAUGUGCCCUCUUGAGAGAUGACCUGGUUUUAGUGGACAGUCCAGGUACAGAUGUCACUACAGAGCUGGAUAGCUGGAUUGAUAAGUUUUGCUUAGAUGCUGAUGUCUUUGUUUUGGUUGCAAACUCUGAAUCAACACUAAUGAACACGGAAAAACAUUUUUUUCACAAGGUAAAUGAGCGACUUUCCAAGCCUAAUAUUUUCAUUCUGAAUAAUCGUUGGGAUGCCUCUGCCUCAGAGCCAGAAUAUAUGGAAGAUGUACGCAGACAGCACAUGGAAAGAUGCCUACAUUUCUUGGUGGAAGAGCUCAAAGUUGUGGAUCGUUUAGAAGCACGGAAUCGUAUCUUCUUUAUUUCUGCAAAGGAAGUUCUUAAUGCUAGAAUGCACAAAGCACAGGGGAUGCCAGAAGGUGGUGGGGCACUUGCAGAAGGAUUUCAGUCAAGAUUACAGGAGUUUCAGAAUUUUGAACAAAUCUUUGAGGAGUGUAUCUCGCAGUCAGCAGUGAAAACAAAGUUUGAACAGCACACUAUCAGAGCUAAACAAAUACUAGAUACUGUGAAAAACAUAAUGGAUUCAAUAAACGUGGCAGCAGCAGAGAAAAGGGUUUAUUCAAUGGAAGAGAGGGAAGACCAAAUUGACAGACUGGACUUUAUCCGAAACCAAAUGAACCUUUUAACACUGGAUGUUAAGAAAAAAAUCAAGGAGGUUACAGAGGAAGUGGCAAACAAGGUUUCAUGUGCAAUGACAGAUGAAAUUUGUCGACUCUCUGUUUUGGUUGAUGAAUUUUGUUCUGAGUUUCAUCCUACUCCAAGUGUACUGAAAGUAUAUAAAAAUGAGUUAAAUAAGCACAUAGAAGAUGGUAUGGGAAGAAAUUUGGCUGAUCGGUGCACCAAUGAAGUCAACACUUCAAUGCUUCAGUCCCAGCAAGAAAUUAUUGAAAAUUUGAAGCCACUACUUCCAGCUGGUGUACAGAAUAAACUACACACACUGAUUCCUUGCAAAAAAUUUGAUCUCAGCUAUGACCUAAAUUGCCACAAGUUAUGUUCAGAUUUUCAAGAGGAUAUUGUUUUUCGGUUUUCCUUGGGCUGGUCUUCCCUUGUUCAGCGUUUCUUGGGCCCUGCAAAUGCUCAGAGGGUGCUUCUAGGAUUAUCAGAGCCUAUCUUUCAGCUCCCCAGAUCUUUAGCUUCUACUCCCACUGCUCCUACCAAUCCAGCAACACCAGAUAAUGCAUCACAGGAAGAACUCAUGAUUACAUUAAUAACAGGAUUAGCUUCUCUUACAUCUAGAACGUCUAUGGGCAUCAUCAUUGUUGGAGGAGUGAUUUGGAAAACUGUAGGCUGGAAACUUAUAUCAGUUUCAUUAAGUAUGUAUGGAGCUUUGUAUCUUUAUGAAAGGCUGAGCUGGACCACCCGUGCUAAGGAGAGAGCCUUUAAACAACAGUUUGUGAACUACGCAACUGAAAAGCUGCAGAUGAUUGUUAGCUUCACGAGUGCAAACUGCAGCCAUCAAGUACAACAGGAAAUGGCAACGACUUUUGCUCGCCUGUGCCAACAAGUUGAUAUUACACAAAGACAUCUAGAAGAAGAAAUUGCUAGAUUUUCCAAAGAGAUAGAUGAAUUGGAGGAAAUACAAAACAAUUCAAAGCUUUUAAGAAAUAAAGCCGUUCAACUUAAAAGUGAGCUGGAGAAUUUUACUAAACAGUUUCUACAUUCAAGCAAUGAAGAAGAAUCUUAACCAUAGAGAUCGCUUUGGUGAUCAUCAUAGGAGAAAAUGGAACUUGGAUAAUUUGGGACAGUUAUUUUUAUGAAAUUGACUUUAAAUAUGAAUUGUGCUCACUGUACCUAAAUAGCAAAUUCUUGUGUAGAUUCUGGUAAUGAUCUAUCUCAGGGUGUUUGCAUUUCUGAAGAGUGUUAUGUCUCUUUAGUUUUAAUUUUGGGUAAAGAAAAGGCUAAAUUGUUGGAUGUGUUAAAAUAAUGAAUUAGUUAAAAGCAACAGAACCAACUAUGUGACCCCUGAGGGGUGGGGCCUUGCUCUUAAUUAGGGCUUUCUUAGUUUCUGAUUCUGAAAAACUCUGCUUCCUGGCAUCCAGGAGUUAGAGGUACUCCUUUCAUCUUCUUUCUCAAAACUAAUUUUUGACAUCUAAUGGGAAUAGUCACUUUUUUGUUUUAUAAACUGCACUGUGUGCUCUAACCAGCAGGAGGGAAUGUGGAAUGUUCUUGUGGGUAUUAUUUAUGCAACUUACAGUCACUUGCCAUUCUGGCAGGUAUAUGUAAGCCACUAAUAAAUAUGCUGUUUUUACUCCUUUUAUUCCCAUUAAAACCGAUGUAAAGCAGUAUAAAGUUAUUCUAAAUAGU